AGAAGAAUGAAUAGGGGAAAUUGCUCUUCUGUUGAUGAAUUCAUUUUUUCAGGAAUUACCAAUAAUCCUGUUACAAAAGUCGCCCUGUUCACCACAUUUCUACUUGUUUAUUUCAUUACUCUGCUUGCCAAUCUUGGAAUGAUCAUCUUAAUUAGAAUGGACUCACAGCUCCACACACCCAUGUACUUUUUUCUCACCCAUCUCUCCUUCUGUGACCUCUGCUAUUGUACAGCAAUUGGACCCAAGAUGCUGGUGGAUCUCUUAGCUGCAGAGAAAUCAAUUCCUUUUGUUGGUUGUGCUCUGCAGUUUUUGAUAUUCUGUGUCUUUGCAGAUUCUGAGUGUUUACUGCUAGCAGUAAUGGCCUUUGAUAGAUACCAGGCCAUCAGCAACCCGUUACUCUACACAGUGAACAUGUCUAGCAUGGUGUGUUCCAUGCUCAUGGUUGGGGUUUACCUGGUAGCAACAACAGAUGCUUUGAUACAUACAACCUUGGCAUUCCGUUUAUGUUUCUGUGGUUCUAAUGAGAUCAACCACUUCUUUUGUGAUUUACCUCCACUUUACAUGCUCUCCUGCUCUGACAUACAAGUCAAUGAACUGGCCUUAUUUACUGUUUUUGGUUUCAUUGAACUGAGUACCAUAUCUGGAGUUCUGAUCUCUUAUUGCUACAUUAUUUUAUCAGUCCUGAAGAUACAUUCUGUUGAGGGAAGGUUCAAAGCUUUCUCCACCUGUACUUCCCAUCUCGCCACAGUUGCCAUUUUCCAGGGAACUAUGCUUUUCAUGUAUUUUCGGCCAAGUACUUCUUAUUCUCUGGAUCAAGAUAAAGUGACUUCAUUGUUCUACACUCUUGUGAUCCCAAUGCUGAACCCUCUCAUUUACAGCUUGAGAAACAAGGAAGUGAAAGAGGCCCUGCAAAAACUGAAAAUGAAAAUGUAG